GCCCGGUGGAUGAGAGAGGCUCGAGACACCGGAGAGAAGUGGACAAACGGAUAUUUUCCUCCACCGAGAAAAUCAUUAUCGGAUUUUUUCCCCCGCCAAGUUAGAGUCCUAAAACCAGAAAUAAGACUCGUAUUUUCGACGGGAUACCGAAUAACACCGAGGAAAGAUGACUUGACAGUUAAAACUACCUCUUCGGACUGUAGCGAUGUUUAAACCUCUGUGUGCAUAGGUCCCCCCUCUCCCUCUGUCACCGUGGACUUAUCAGGUUAUCUCGGUUUUGCUGUUGAAGGAACAUUUUCGAGAUGACGGAGAUCAGCGAAAAGGAGAAUGAACCACAAAACCGGGACCUUCACCGACCACAGGCUACCGUGCCGAGCCAACCGGAAUCAAAGUUACAACGGUUGAAACGAUCCCUCUCCUUCAAAUCAGUCAUGCGCAGCAAGAGCAUGGACAACUUUUUCCAGCGCAGUAACGGCGAAUCCCGCCUUCCCUCAGCCGUCAUCACUACACCCCCACCCCUGCAGUCUCCUCCCCCCAUCCCAGAGUCCCCCCUGGCUUACGAGCGCUCUCCAUCUCAUUCUCCGUCUACCAGUCCCAACCCCUCGUUGACAUCACGCUCACCUUCUGUCAGUCCCUCGCUGUCCGUGAACUCGAAAAUCCAGCCAAAGUCUCAGGCCCAGCCGGUCAAGACCCACUGUUUCCAGGAGCACGUCUUCCGUCGGCCUACCAGCUGCCAGCGAUGCAAACACAUGAUCCAAGGGAACUCCAAGCAGGGGCUGCGUUGUAAAGCCUGCAAGCUGGCGGCCCACCUCUGGUGCUCAUCAGAGCUCUCCCAGCAGCCCUGUAAUGGCAAGUCAGGAGCUUUCAAGAGGAACUUCAGCUCUCCGCUGUUAACCACUGAUACGCUGGGUGUGGUCAGAGAGGCUCCGGCUGCCCAAGAGGCAGAUAAUGGCCUUCUUGACCCUGUGUACGAGGCGCUGCGCUAUGGGACGUCGCUGGCUCAGAUGAGUCGCUCCAGCUUCAGCAGUAUCUCAGAGUCGCCCUGUCAUGAGGCGGAAAAACUGCAAGACAAACUAGAAAACCAGCCAAUAGCAGAAGAGGAGCACAUCCCAGGAAUGCUCACCCCUCCUGAAAGUGAGAAGGCUGAUUCAGAAGACAGGGUCAGCCUGAAGACUCCUAAGAAAGUAGAGGUCCACUCCAUCCACACCUAUGUGGCUCUCUACAAGUUCCUGCCUCAGGAGAAGAACGACUUGGAGCUACAGCCGGGUGACAGAGUUCAAGUCACGGAUGACUCCAACGAGGACUGGUGGAAGGGGAAAAGCAGAGACAAGGUGGGCUUGUUCCCGGCCAACUUUGUGCAGCGGGUCCGCCCUGGCGAGCGCGUGUGGAAGGUCACCGAUGGUUUCCACGGCAACCGAGACAAAGGCCAGAUGACUGUGAAAGAGGCCCAGAUCUGUGUAGGGAAGAACGAGGAGACUGACGGUUUCCUCCGGCUGAGCAGCGGGAAGAAGAGAGGCUUGGUCCCUGUGAAGUAUCUGCUAGAAAUAUGAUGGCAGCACUUCUCCUUGACCCUCAGUUUGAUAAAGAAGUUCACGAUGACGGAGGAAUACUCAGGAGUGUUUACCCGACACCUCACUGGCCGCCAACCAACCACCCACCUCCACCCCUCCAACAAAAAGUGGCAGUGAAUUAGCAGCUUGAGUGGACGACGACCCACAGCUUUGCUUUUCACUGCAGAAGCUUUUAAGACUUAAAGGAGGUGUGUGUGUGUGUGUGGAGGGUUCUCCUUCAGAGUUCUUUAGAGCUACUUUUCUUGUAGCACAACUUUUACUUUGUGUGGUUUUAUACACACUCACAACAAAAAUGUAGCAUCAUGUUUGAAGAGGAUAGUGUGCAGGACGUCUGGCUACCUCACUAGCCAUUUCCUUUGGUCAUCUGUCUGCUGAAAAAACGCGAGAGGACUACUUUACUAUGAUGUCAAGGCAUGUCUAAGCCUUGUGAGUCUUCAUUUCACUGUUUGUGUGGAGAAAAACAAGACAUAAAAGAUUGUGAAAGAUUGUAGCUGUUUGUUGUAG